CAAUGGGUGAACCUCAGCAAGUGAGUGCCCUCCCUCCUCCUCCGAUGCAGUAUAUUAAAGAAUAUACAGAUGAAAAUAUUCGGAAAGGUGUGGCCCCUAAGCCUCCACCACCUAUAAAAGAUAGCUAUAUGAUGUUUGGAAACCAGUUCCAGUGUGAUGACCUCAUCAUUCGACCAUUGGAAAGCCAAGGCAUUGACCGUUUGCAUCCCAUGCAGUUUGACCAUAAGAAAGAACUGAGGAAACUCAACAUGUCUAUCUUGGUCAAUUUCUUGGACCUCUUGGAUAUAUUGAUAAGGAGCCCUGGCAGCAUAAAACGGGAGGAGAAGCUGGAAGACUUAAAACUACUGUUUGUUCAUGUGCAUCAUCUGAUAAACGAAUAUCGGCCUCACCAAGCCAGAGAGACUCUGAGGGUCAUGAUGGAAGUACAGAAGCGCCAACGUCUGGAGACGGCUGAGAGGUUCCAGAAGCAUUUAGAGCGUGUCGCUGAAAUGAUCCAGAACUGCCUGGCCACUUUGCCUGAUGAUUUGCCGCAUUCAGAUGGAGGGAUGAGGAUAAAAAAUGAACCCAUGGACACAGAGGACAGCAGCAAUUGCCCUGGGCAGAAAGAGCAGCAGAGAGCAAGUUCUAGCAUCAAGAAGGAUCAAGUUUUGGAGAAAGAUGCUUCCAUGUGCAUGAUUAUUGAUGAACUGACAUGAAAGGGGGGCCUUGAUAUUCCUUUUGUGUCACCAUAAUCUUGCAAAUAAGACUGAAACUGAUGUGAAAGAGUUUGAUAUGCUGUUUUCUUCUAUGCUGCCUUUUUAUAGCAAUAAGCAAUCAUGGAACGUAGUCUGUAAGAGACAAUAAACCCAAAUGAUAUAUUUUUGUAGCUUUUCAGUGUGUUCUUUGUU